UUGAGGGAGAUGGGAGGGGUUUCUUAGGUUCCCGUUGAGGUUUUCUUUUGUGGGAGUUGUGGCGGUGUGCGUUGGUCCCGGGCUUAAUCUUGGUAGAAGCAUGAUAUUUUGUGUGAUUUGGGGGAUUUUUGAUCGAAAGGCUCCAGCCUUCCACCCGAUUGAGACUCCUGGGGACGGAAAAAACAAAGGAAAAACCGGGGGAACACAAAGGAAAAAUCAAGGAAAACCGAGGAAAAACCGGGAAAAAUUGAAAGGUUAUAAGGCAAAUCCCAACCGUGUCUCAGUCCACCCGUGACCGCGAGGCGUGAUGGCGGUGGGGAGCCGCGCCGCCGUCUGGCUCGCCAGCGCCGCCCAACGUUUUGGUUCGGUACCCUGGCGGGACAUCUCUGCCGAGGCCGUCGAUCGCACACUCCUCGUCAUCAAGGCCGUCUGCUUCGCCCACGUCAUCAACUCCUACGUCGUUAGCCUCAUACAGGUGAGAGGACCGAGCAUGCUCCCCACGAUGAACCUCACGGGGGACAUCAUCGCUGUGGAUCGGGUAACCGCUCGGAGGGGCACCGUUGCUGUCGGGGACGUGGUGCUCUUCCGGUCGCCGGAGAACCCACGGAGGGCCAUCACCAAGCGGGUGCUGGGGCUCGAGGGCGACGCGAUCACCUACCUCGUGGACCCACACAAGGGCGACGCAUCCAAGACGGUGGUGGUGCCCAACGGGCAUGCUUGGGUGCAGGGAGAUAACAUAUAUGAUUCCAGGGACUCGAGGCAUUUUGGACCGGUGCCAUAUGGGCUCAUCCAAGGGAGAGUUUUUUAUAGGGUUUGGCCACCAGAAGGUUUUGGAUUCAUUGGGCAAAAGGCUACAUCCCUUUGACUAGAAAUCAUGGUUCAAGGCCAGAGACGCAAAACGAUUGGGGCUGAAACAGGGAUUUUGUGAUCUGAUUGAUUAGUCCAAGCUCUAUAUUCAAUUGUAACGAAGUAAAUAAAACAGGAGUUCUGCUUUUGCCAGUAGAGCCUUAAGCCCUCAACAGCAAUUUUGGCAGUCAUAAAAGUUGUUCCCUUUUCUAUUUGUUCUUAUUGUUGAAUAAUGUACUCAGCGAUAGGCUUCCUUGUUGCUGAUGACAUGGCAUAUUUCUGGCCAGAGGCUUCAUUCAGGAGAGGUUGGAGAUCAAUGUGAUCUAUUAUAGAUUUUUAACUGUUGGACUUGAUUGAUUGAAUUGUGUUCCUUCAUUCCUGUUA